AUGAAUUCAACCGGUAAAAAUCAUGCUCCAACUGCAAGUAGUCAAGAUGUGGGAGGUUCGGGUUCUAAUCAACAAAAUACUGAUUCUGUGGAUCAACAAGAUGGAACAAAUAUUAAUGAUACAGUUUUUUAUGAAAAUGGAGAUGAAGUUGUUGGUUCGAAAAGGGCAACACGUUCACCGACAUGGCAACAUUUUAUAAAAUUUAAAUUGAAUGAUGAAGUUAAAGCAAGAUGUAAACAUUGCUCUAAAGUGUUGGGUGCAAAUAGCAAGAAUGGCACAAAACAUUUACUUGCACAUUAUAAGUGUUGUGUACACAAACCUUUUGCAGAUAUUCUUCAAUCUAUCUUGGUGCAAGAAAAAAAGAAAUUAGAUGGUACUACAAUGCUUGUUUCAAAUUAUACAUUCAGCCCCGACGGGGCGCCCCGAUAA